UAGGGCGGCGGCGCCAUUGGCGGAGCGCGGGCGGGGCCGGGGUUGGUUCCGGGCCGAGGGUCCGGAGGGUCCGGGCGGGUCCCGAGGAGGGUCCGGGCGGUUCCGGCUGAGCGGGAUGAGCGGCGGGCGGCGCCGGGACGAGCCGCCGCACCCGCAGCACCACGCGGUGGCCAACGGCGGCGCGGCCGGGCGCGGCUCCGUGUGGGGCAAAGCGCUGCGCAGCGACUCCGCCUGGCACGACAAGGACGAGUUUUUAGAUGUAAUCUACUGGUUCCGGCAGAUCAUUGCAGUUAUUUUGGGAAUCAUCUGGGGAGUAGUUCCACUGAAGGGCUUCGUGGGAAUAGCAGUAUUCUGCCUGAUCAAUGCUGGUGUUCUGUACCUCUACUUCAGUAGCUUCCAGCAGAUAGAUGAGGAGGAGUAUGGCGGGACGUGGGAGCUAACAAAGGAAGGAUUCAUGACAUCUUUUGCACUGUUUCUGGUUGUUUGGAUAAUCUUCUAUACUGCCAUCCACUAUGAUUGACACAGUCUGCAGCAUUUGCCUGUUAAAUCAGUAGUCAGUAAAUCAAGAAGGUUUUAAUAAGUCCUAGUCUUUAGUGGACUGGUGGGAAGGUGGGGAAGCCAAACCAGUUCCAGACCAGAGGUCUGAUUAGCCUGGAGGAGCCCCAACUCUUCUGCUGGAGAAGCCUGUCUCUGUUUUAUAUACCCAUGAAUUAUUGGAACUAUUAAAAAGCCAUUGGAAUUUU